AUAGAGAUAGGAUUACUUGCUGCAGAAAGAAGCAUCACUGCACUACAGCAUAAUGAAGCUGUUACUUGCAGCCAUUUCAGGAUGUUGUCGCAGCAAAACGUAUUUUAGACUUUGAUUUUUAACAGUACAGAUUAAUUGCUGGAGCUUCAAAAUACAAAGAGAAGUAUUUUGAAAUGCCUGCUAUUCAACUGUGGAUUUCGGAGCAUGAGAAAAAAUGGGAAAUAUGCCUGACUGCUGCAGAGAGGCCUUGGAGAUGAUCCCUUGAAAGCACCAGGAUGCCUGGCUGCUUUAAAAAGACGUUAUUUGCCUUGGCUUCUCUAAUAAGUUUUGUGUCUUUUAUCUUAAUUGUUGUUGCAAUGGGGACCCCAAAGUGGAUGACAGGAAAGAUUCUUUGCAAAACAGGAGCUGAUUUGGUCAAUGCCACAGAUCCAGAGCUGGUCAAGUUCAUUGGAGAAAUUUACUAUGGACUCUUUCGGGGCGGCAAAAUACGCCAGUGUGGGUUGGGCGGGAGGCGUUCCAAAUUCACAAUUUUCCCACACAUGGUGAAAAAGUUGAAUACAGGCUUGCAUGUGAUGAUCAUAAUGUUCCUCUGUGUGGCCAUUUGCUUUUCUCUGGUCAGUUUUGGAUUCUGCAUUCUUAAUGCAAUAAAAGUUCCUUACCGGGCUAUUAAAGGUCCAGCAGGAGUAUGCCUUUGGAAUUUCCUUGCAGGUGGAUUUGUAGUACUUGCAGUCACCAGCUUUAUGGCUGCUGUGAAACUUCAUCACCUCACAGAAAGAAUUGCCAAUUUUCGGGAAAAUGUUUUUCGAUUUGUUAUCUUAGAAGAACGCUUUGAAGACUGUUUUUGGAUUUGUGUGGCAAGUGCCACAGCACACGCAGUGAAUUUGCUGCUAAUAGCCAUCAGUGGGAUUAAUUUUCCUAAAAUUAAGCCUAAAACAGAAGAAGUGAAUGUUACAGCAGAAGAUAUCAUGUACUAA